AGCAGUCGCACCUUCUUGAUGGAAGUUGACAACUGCUUGGAAAACAAACCGCAUUCAUGUCCGAGGGAUUUUGUUAAGCCGCUGAGUUUAGUCAUGGAUGAUCAUGGAUCGCAGUCCUAUCCACGGAGCUCAGCUUUGAGGUUGUCGCCCAAAAGCAAGGCCCCGUCCCCGCCAGCUCUGAAGACAGCCGAGUCUCCAGGUUUCUCCCACUGGCCCCCCGGAAACCCUCAUGUCACCAUGGAGACGAAGGAGAACCUAACGGACAGAAAGCUCACCCUCACCGUGGUUCUGCCCGGUGGAGUGGAGGAGAUGACGGUGGUUCACGGGAGCAAAGCCCAGAUGGAUCUAUUAGUGGCGCUCUGCGCACAGUAUCACCUGAACCCGUCGAGCCACACCUUGGAGCUGGUCACUGCCAACAAGAACAUCAAGUUCAAGCCCAACGCUCUGAUAGGAACGUUUAAUGCGGACAAAGUCAUAUUGAAAAGUAAAGGAGAGGAUAAAAAUAAGAAGACGGGUCCUCAGAUGCCUGAGGCAACGGUUCGAAUGGUGAUAAAUUACAAAAGGACCCAGAAGACGAUAUUGAGAGUGAGCCCCCGAGUUCCCCUCGCCGAACUUCUACCAGCGAUCUGUGAGAAAUGUGAAUUUAACACGGACACGACGGUUCUGCUGAGAGACGCCCAGUCCCCGACCCCCUUAGACCUGUCCAGUUGUCUCAACGAUCACGCGAUACGGGAGGUUUACGCAAGAGACACUAAAGGACAAGCUGCUUCUCCCGCGUGUUCGGUGGCACCAAGUUGUGCGGAUAUCUCAGCAACUUGUGAAGACAUCUCACCAACCUGUGCAGGAGCAGUCCCACCGGGCAAAAAUAAAAACCAGAAAGAGGAGGAGAAUAAAGGCCUCUUCAGCAUGUUCCGAAAAAGCAAGAAAAAAUCAGAGCAGCCCACGACAGCCAGUGCUCCAGCUUCUCCUGUACUCGUGACCAAGCCUCGACCGCUAAGCAUGGCGCUGCCCUGCUCCAAUUCAUCCCCGCUCGGCUCCGACGCGCCCAAGAAGAGACGGGCGCCCCAACCCCCGAUCCUCGUGUCUCAGAGCCAGGACGCAGAACUCGGCGCUCGACGGAGACUCAACUCUGAACCUAACGCCCGCCUUGACAGCGAUCAGAGGACUGGUUUGAGCCGUGGGUCUUCAGCAGAGUCUUCACUGAGGAGAACCAAACGCAAGGCUCCUCCACCUCCAACAUCUCCAACUCCCUCUGUCCAAGAUUCUGCUCCUCCAGAUGAAAAUCUACAAGCUGCAAACACACUGGAGGAGAUACGGGAGCAGGAGGAGACGACUGCGUCUGUGAUAUCUGCAGCUGGCAGCAGCAUCCAGGGAGACGACAGCAGCCUCAACAUGUCGCCCGACCACUCGCUGCAUUCCCUUUCCCUUGACAUUGAGACGGGAAGCACGAUGUCGCUGGAGGGGGGUGAGGAAGAUCAGUCUGGUGAUCUGUCCUCAGAUGGCAAUCAGCUGCAGAGUGCAGUGAGUGAUUCUGCAACUUUGAUUGUGAGGCAACCUGAUGGCACAGACUCUUCUAAAGUGGCUGUUACCGAUGGUGGUCCAGUGCAGGCUGAAGAUGCUGUUCCACAUCCCGUCUGUGAUGAGUCUCCAGCCGACGGUGCUGAGGAUGACCUUCCUGCCCCCAGCCCCCCUCCGCCUGUAACGCAGGACGCGGAGGCGCAGGCCUGCGCUCCAGCAGGAGCUGAUCCCCUGCAGGAAGUCGCCGAGAACUGCAGCACGUCACAUCCCACUGGAGAGGAUGCUCAAGUCCAAACAGAUUUCAUGCCGCUCCCUGAGCCCCCACGGCAACACACGGACGAGGCGCCUUCAUCCGCACACUCGCUAGAUUCGGGAUCAGCGGGGAAAACAAAUGUGACCACUUUGACGGAGGAGCUGGAACCCUCCGACCUCAAGUCGGCCUCAUCGCACACCUCGGAGGCAUCGCCGCGCCAAGACUCGCCGCCGAGGGUCCCUGCGGCGGAAAAAGAGCCGCCUGCGUUUGCCGCCGACGCUGAGCCCAAACCCAAGCCUUCCAACGAGCUGACGAGAGACUACAUACCCAAAGUGGGGAUGACUACAUACACCAUUGUGCCUCAGAAAACACUUGAGAAACUCAGAUAUUUUGAAGUUGCACUGACACUGGAGACGCCUGAUGAUGAAGCUCCAGCAGAGGGACAAAACGUUGCUUCUCUGGAUCUACAUGAGGACGCAGGACAGAGAGAACAGACAGAAGUCCCAAAAGAGGGAGCAGAGCCUCAUUCUGACUCCCCCAGUGAAGACUUACUGACCAGCACUACUACUAGCACUACUAUUACUACUACUACUAGCACAGAAAACACUGUAAAUGGAGUUAUACCUGAACCUACUCAUUCCUUCUCACCAACAAGUUUACACGGCACAGGCAGGCCGUCAUCGUUGGCUAACGGGGCGUCUCAAGCAGGUUCACCGACAGAGGUCAAGGAGAUGAAAGUUCCACCCGCGACUAAACCUAAGCCCACUUCUUUCCGCUUGGCACAACCCAAAAAAGCACCAGGGCAUUAUGUAACCUCAGCUGCGGAGAAAAGUCCCGUCGGCAGCCCCGCCUCCGGCUUCAAGGAGACUCAAGGGAGCGCGGAAAGGCCCGCCUUGCCACCCCCCCCUCCUCCUCCUCCUCCUCCGAGUGUACAGUGUCAAGAGGAGACGGCAGGGGCCACUAACGUCCAGCCGAGUCCCACGCGGGGAGACAAGAAUGCCUCCUUGGUGCAGAUGACGAGGCAGAGCAGCCUCCCGUCCAGAGAGCCCAGCAUAGGGCUGAGCUUGGAGAAACUGAGGAGUUUCGCGGCUCCUAGACCUUUCACUCCCUCUUCUCCAUCCCGCUUUGCCCAGGCAGUGUCCUCUGCUGUAAAGAGAAGUCAGUCUCUGUCCCACGGGCCAAAGUCACCUCCCUCCUCUUCGCCAGCGCCUGUCUCUCCAGUUACAAGUCACUCAUCAGUCAUGGAGUCAAAAGGAUUAUGUUAUCUCAAGGACUGCGAAGACGGAGAUGCGGAUCGUGAUGGGUCCACUCUGCAGAGAGAGGAGUCGAAUGUUCAACUGACCGGAGAUAAUAGUCCGUAGCAGUGUUUUUAAUCCUUCUGACAUUAUUUGGCAGACAGUGGAGCUCAUAACGAUCUACUCUGAGUUCUCCAGCAGACACAAAAGAAGAAACUGUCCUUUCUUUUGUGGUACCUCCCCUUUUUUCCUUAUUUUGGUCGUCUUCACCAAUGUACAUAAAAGGAUGUAUUUUGAUAAUUAAUGAAUUAAUUGGUUUGAUUUCUCACAUAGGUAAUAUUCUUGCUUAUUUUCUCUUUUUUUUUUCGGGGUUCUUUUGCUGCAUUUAAUGCAAAGCGUUGUUAGCAAUCACAGAUUAUACAUGAGAACAAUUCUAUAAAUUAUUAGAAAGAUUGCUGUAAUAUAACUGGGUUUGAUAAUACAAAUGUAUUAUCUAAAUGUCACACCAUGUGUACGAGAGACCAGGUAAAUAUAUCUGAGAUUAUACUUAAGAUCUGUAUUUAAUUAUGACUGUUUUGAUUUAAAAACUAUGCAGAAACAUUUCACUGAUGUGCACAGUACACUUGAUCUAAGUUGCUAUGAAUAAAUCUUUUAUAAAGUC